AUGGUUGCCGUGGACUUCGCUCCCAUUCUUACGGGCCUGGUGACCUACCAGCUCUUGAACAGGUGUCUGCACAAGGCAGCCAAGCGUUUCAACCCAGACUUCUACGCGAAGCUGGAACUUGAUAGGCAUCGUAAACUGCGCCCUUACUUCGUCUUCCCGCUCGGCAUCCUCCUGACUCUGUUCACAACGCCAACCUGCCUCGCCGCCUAUGGUGAAACGCCUUCCGCGGCCGACACCUUCGGCACUGACCGAUCCUUCACCACCAACGGCAAGAUCUGCCUUGGCUCCCGGGCCGUCCUAUGGGUCUCCGAGAUACCGCUUCUCAGCUACUCGUCAGAAUACGUCACCCAUCACCUGCUCUCCCUGGGUUCCCUGGCACUCGUUUUGGUCGGCAAGAGCCCGCGACGACCCAUCUACCUCAUCUACGCGGGCCUCGUAACGGAGCUCUUCUCCGAUGCAGUUGCGUUGAUGCGUUUUCACGGUCGCAAUCCGGAAAACUCCCCAACUCUUCGCAGAGUCAUGCUCGCGAAUAUCCUCUCAAUGGUCUCUCUGAGAAUCAUACCGGCCAUCGUCCACGCCGCGACCAUGCCGGAAACGAGGGCAUUCUACGCCGGGGGGGGGCCCUAG